AUUACUAUUAUUAUUACUACUAUUGCUUGGACAGUAUUAAUUUGUGCAUACGUAAUUUGUGGGUGGUGAACAGAAUACAGGACAAGAAAAAAAAAACUAAAUUUGAAAUUCUAUAAAAACUCUAGUGACAACACGAACAACUACGAUAUUCAUCAAGUUGAAAGAUCAACGUCAUAGUUACAAGUAUCUGAGAUAAAAAUUAAUGAAUCAAUUAGCAUUACUUGUCAUAAACAUUCAUGAUGAAUAGAUCAAAUAACUUUGAUGUUCAAUUAUCCAUGAUAUUGUUUAGAAUAAAAUAAUAAGAUGAAAAGAGACCGUUCGUUGUUUACUUUUUAAUAAAGUGAGAAUGAUCUCAAUUACAUAGAAAAAGUAAUUAAUUAAUUUUUAUACAAAGAGAAAAAUGUUGUGCAAUCUACCAUGUCGAAUUGUUUUGAUUGCUAUGAACACUGUCAGCUUGAUUGUAGGGCUGGCAUUGCUCAUACUUGGAGCCUUGAUGGUUUGGGGUCAAAGUGUUAUACAAUCUCUAUUGAAUAAUUUCGUAACCAAUCUAAUUCAUCAAUAUAUUAAAGGAAGUGAUGGUGGACAAAUUAAUGAACUGGUUACAAGAAUACUGACGUCUACUUCUCCAGUUGGUUUAGCAGUCUUUAUCCUAGGUGCUGUUUGUACAGGUAUCUCAAUAUUUGGUUAUUGUGGAGCCUGUUGCAAUAUGAAGAUACUACUUUAUAUAUACGCAAUUCUAGUAGGAGCUUUGGCACUUGCUUUUCUGGUUACAUUCAGUGUGUACUUCUCUCGUAAAGAUGAGAUUGGCAACAAAGCAGUUGAAAUGUUCGAGACGAGUGUAAAGAAUUAUCAGUCAAUGGAAGCAAAUACACUGGACAGUCUAGUGGUUGGUUUAAUCUCGCCUCCACUUCAAUGCUGUGGCGUGGAUGGUGGAAGUGACUUUAAAAGUUCACCUAAUUUCUGGAAAAAUGACACUUACGGGGGUAAAGCAUAUACUAAUAUUGAAUAUCCUGUACCGUGUUGCAAAAUGAAUCAAAAUUAUGCAAUCAGUGAUUCUACAUGUCCAGAUAAAUUCGAUGAUAAUAACAGUAAUUACAAAAAUGGUUGUAGAGGUCCAUUGAAAGAAUUUUUCCUUAAAUAUAUGGAUUAUGUAGCUUAUGGAUUAAUUGGGGCAUUUGUUUUAUUGUUGCUCGUUGUUCUAUUCACACUUUUAACCAUUUGUAUUGAUGUUAUCUGAACAAACAAACAAACAAACAAAACCGACAAAAAAAAACAAAACUAAAUGAAAUGGAAUUCAAUAUUCAAUUGAUUGUUUGUCUAUACUCGGUUAAGAGUUAAAUACUCAAAUAAAGUGAUCUCUUUUGUUGGACUUUGCCUUUAUAAAACAAAAUAAAGUUAAUGCCUUUGCAUAGUUGAUGUAUACAUCUAUGCUUUUAUGAAUGUAUGUAUGUAUGUAUGU